CUGCUCAACUUACCGCUCGACGUUCUGAUGGAGAUAAUGAGCUUUCUACGUCCUCGCGAUCUGUUGACCCUCGCGCGCACAUGCAAGGACUUCCGCGCGUAUCUUUUCAGUCGACGGUCUAUACCGUGCUGGAAAGCCGCCAGGCAGCGAUGGAAGGACCUCCCCGAUUGCCCUUCGGACAUCAGCGAAAUGCACUACGCUAGACUCGUCUUCACUGAAGAGUGCCAUAAUUGCGGGCAGCACGCGGACAUAUUCAGCUGGAAGCUCCGGGUGCGUGUGUGCACACCAUGCGCGAAAGACCGGUACGGGUCUCACUUGGCAUGUCCGCCG